CCUUUGUUUUCUCAACAUGUGACCCAGCGCGGUUUUAAGACACGCUUGACUCCGACUCAAACAAAAGGCAUCCGUGUUUUAACACUCAGUGGAGUUGGACACGGGAACAACUUUGGAGAAGCUUUUGAGGAACGAAAACAUGCGCUGCAAAAUGAGCUACAGUCUGCCCUCCUCGCCGGUCACUUCGCCGACAUAUUCAGGACCAUAUUCAGGACGUGUGGUGUCCUACAGGUCAAGAUGCGCCAGUGCAUCCGGUGCCAGCGUCGUCGCCAUCGAUAACAAGAUUGAGCAGGCAAUGGAUUUGGUGAAGAGCCACCUGAUGUAUGCUGUUCGCGAGGAGGUAGAGGUGUUGAAGGAGCACAUCAAGGAGCUAUACGAGAGGAACUCGGUGUUGGAGCGCGAGAAUGCCGUGCUGAAGUCGCUGGCCAACUCGGAGCAGCUCGGCCAGCUGUCCGGUCAGCUCAGUCAGGGCAGCAGCACAACGCCGCCGCUGCAGCAGCAACACCCACUCGUCAUAAACAACAACACCCUCUUGGCUCACCAUGAGGGGGGUCAGAGUGUCCCUCAUCAGCCCAAUAUCACCUCGGCGUGAACCCCCUACCCCCCAAAAACACCCCUCCCACUGACAGGAGUGGAAGAUCCUGUUAGUAAAGACAACAACUGCUACCGUCCCCUUAGCUCCUUUUAAAGUAAAAGGCUCUGCGUUCAGUAUGCUCCAUUUGAGGAAAAAUCAACAACAGCGACAUCUUUGUUUGCCACCAAGAGCCGUGCUUCAGUGAGUGCAUGUUGCAGUCACCGGGCCUUCAUAUUAUUAAGACAUUUACCACCAUAUUCUGUCCCUCUGGUUGGCUGCAAGAAAGCUGAAAAAGGAGGAGGGGCAGGGGAACCGGUGCGCACCAUAAAACUGCAUGCUAUUCUCGUGCAGGAGACUGGGGGCCAAAGGGCACAUAGAGCUCGAUUUGUUGGGGCAACAAGUGGUGGAAGAAGGCGGUGUAUCCCUGUGCUGGGCCAGUGUGGUGAAAAGAGUCCUGUAACAUCCAGUGAGGACUGUCCCUCCCAUAAUCUCCACCCCACAUCACUCCAGGCCUGGAAGAGGCCAGAGAGCCGAGGGAGAAGUGGAGGAGAGGAUUUGUCCUCCGUGAGUGGAGGAGGACACCGGCGGGCGCCUCGGCUCGAGUUGAGCGAGUCGAAACACAAAGCUUGUGUUGUUUUCUCAGAGCCACCGUACUUUGACAUUAAUCAUAAUACUUUUCUUUAGUUCAGUUUUAGUAUUUGCAUUUAUUUAUUUCAGGGCUGCUAUUUUCAUAAUGUAAAUGAACAAUGUCAUGGAGAUACUUAUAAAAACAAAAAAGAAACCUUUCUCUUUGGUCUUUUGGUAUUUUAGAAUUUGUCAGGUAUUAAAUUUGGUAGUUUCACGCAACAAGUAGAUCUCAGUAAGUAGGCAAUACGUUCCAUAUAUUAAAUUCUUCUCAUGAAAUAGUGCUAACACUAAAGCCGAGCUUACAUUAGGUGAAAUCCAGGUUGAAUGUAUAUUUUGUAAAGUGUAAAGUAUUAAGAGCGAGGAGGGUUUGUACAGGAGAACGCCUGUUAAGAUGUGAUGAAAUGUUUCGAUAAAGAAAAUGAUUAACUUACUUUUUGUAGACUUUUUUUUGUCAACAUGAAAAACAGAAAUUAACUUUUGAGGGGUCCGUUGGGUGGAUGAAAAGCUGUGAAAAUAGUUUGACCUACUUUAUAACCAAAGACGCAAAGCUGUGUAAGUGUUUGUUUUUUUUUUCUCCCAUUUUUAAAUGCACACUUUUUUUUUGUUUUUUUUUCCUACUCUCCUUUUGCUAAUUUUUUGUUGCUGUUUUGCAUGUUCUGCAUGAUCUAUAAUCAAACCACUUUCUUACCUCAUGUUUUUAUCCAGCACUUAUUUUUCUGUCAAGUUAUCAGUCUGUGAAUGAUUGUGAAAGGAUUAAUGAAAGGAAAAAGGGAACAGUUGGCAGAGAGGCUGGAGCAAGUGGUUGAGGGUAAGAAUGGGGGGGGGGACAAAACAUGGAAGGUGUUUGUGUCCGAUUGGGGUGAAGGGCCUUGUGCACAAAACGGUAGUCAGAAAAGGAGCCAACUUUUUGUUUUCAUGUAGAUGCUGUGUUGAAUUACAUAUGCAGAGGAAAAGGUUGUUACAUUGCAGAUUUUAAUGUAUUUAAUGAAUGCAGCAUUUAUAUUUCGAUUGUAGUGUACCAACACUUGGCUUACAAAGAGGAAAAAAAACCAGAAUACAGUAUCCACAAACUAAAUGGAAACUGUCAAACAUCUCACACUUAAAAGCUGGAACCCAGUCGAUUGUGUGUGAGCUUAUUACGGGAUGUCCUGUCUGUGUCACGUCUUUUGUGCCUCCUGUGCCGUCGUCUGCUUUUGUCAGGCGAGCCAGUUUCUUUCUCUGUGGCUUAGAAGUAAACCAAAAUGCUUGGUAAUUGUACAGUCAGACAUCUUUCUACUUCUCCAGGAUGGAUUCUUUGAUUUCUCAUUCUUUUUCCCCCCCCACGUAUGGGCUUAUUUCUUCUGUCACUAGCGUUCUUCUCAUUUAUUUUUUUUUGUUUUUUUUUCUUUCGUUUGAAGGAGAUGCCGUGUACAUGCCAAGUGUACUGUAUGAAAGAGAUCACUGAGCCUUGGAGAAAAUAUCUUAACAAUGCCCCUGUAAUGUGCUGUUCAGACAAUGUUAGUUUUCAGUUGGAAAUAAAUUACUGUUUUAUUAAGAAAA